AUGGCAGAGGAGUGGGGAAAUGCAGUAUUCGCUGCCAGGCGAUGAGACGAUGACACGACGAGGGACUCUAUGCUUGUCCACACCAACAGCAAUAACACAAGAGGUCCUUUUGAGGGACCCAACUAUCACAUUGCCCCUCGAUGGGUGUACAAUGUUGCAACACUCUGGAUGUUCUUUGUGGUCGUUGCCUCAGUCUUCACCAAUGGCCUGGUGCUGGUGGCCACAGCCAAAUUCAAGAAGCUCCGUCACCCUUUAAACUGGAUCUUGGUCAACCUCGCUAUAGCUGAUCUUGGAGAGACUCUUUUGGCCAGUACCAUCAGUGUCAUCAACCAGGUCUUCGGCUACUUUACCCUCGGACACCCCAUGUGUGUUUUUGAGGGCUAUGUUGUCUCUGUCUGUGGUAUCGCUGGUCUGUGGUCUUUGACUGUAAUCUCAUGGGAGAGAUGGGUGGUCAUCUGCAAACCAUUUGGAAAUGUCAAGUUCGAUGGUAAAUGGGCAUCAGCUGGAAUUAUUUUCUCCUGGGUUUGGGCUGCAUUCUGGUGUGCACCCCCCAUCUGUGGGUGGAGCAGGUAUUGGCCUCAUGGUCUUAAGACCUCCUGCGGUCCUGAUGUCUUCAGUGGAAACGAGGAUCCUAGUGUCCGAUCCUUCAUGGUUGUACUGAUGAUCACCUGCUGUAUUAUCCCUCUAGGCAUCAUCAUUCUCUGCUACAUUGCUGUGUGGAUGGCCAUUCGUGCUGUCGCUCAGCAGCAGAAAGAUUCUGAGUCUACACAGAAGGCUGAGAAGGAAGUGUCCAGAAUGGUGGUUGUCAUGAUCCUGGCCUACUGUCUUUGCUGGGGACCUUACACGUUCUUUGUAUGCUUUGGAACAGCAUACCCGGGUUAUGCCUUCCAUCCAUUGGCGGCAGCCAUGCCAGCCUACUUUGCCAAGAGCGCGACCAUCUACAACCCCAUUAUCUACGUCUUCAUGAAUAGACAGUUCCGCAUGUGCAUCCUGCAGCUCUUUGGAAAGAAAGUUGAUGAUGGAUCUGAGGUAUCCACAUCCAAAACAGAAGUUUCCUCUGUGGCUCCUGCAUGA